AUGUACGGCAUCAUUGAGCCUCGUGUACGUCUGGAGGUGAUGAACAAGUAUCAGAUCCUAUUUAUUCUGGUGGUCACAUACAUUGCGGUGGUUCUGGCGUCUCUGUCGGUUGUGUAUGAGAUACGCUUGGGCACUGCCGAGAUACCCCAAAGUGGCGAAUCGUGCAACAGCAGCCAAAUAAGUGCACGUCAACUAGGAUUAACUUCAUUGAUUAGUGAUCGUUCAAACAAGAAGGCAAUCCGGAAGGAUGCAUAUGUAGGUGCUGAUAGUCCCCGCACGCGACAUGGAGAUAUCUCUUCAUAUGUGCAAAAUGGUGGUGCUUUGAUGCGCGGUACGUAUAACUAUAAUUUAGUACGAAACAUGCCAGAAACCCCUACUCAUUCUCGUGGUCUCGAAAGCAGGCUCAUACGUACACCAAGAACAUUAACACGAACGCGAGAUGCGUUUGAGCAUACCGCCUUAGGUAGCAGUGGUGUAUAUAACAACAGACAGGCACAUAAGUAUCAGUUGCCCAGUGAUGAAACACCCGAGAUUAUCAGCGAAGGGGAUGCAGCUGGCACUGUACAGGAGCCUACGUCAGAUGAUGAAGAUAUGGUAGAAAUGAUUAUCAGUGAAGAUAGUGGCGAGAACGAAGACUUCAAGCCAUGCACGGAUGUUCGCGAGGGAUGGAUCCUGUGGUCAGGUCGACUGCCCAAGUGGUCUGUUCUGUAUGGCCUCUUCGGUUUGAUGGUCGACAUAAACGUGCCAGCAAAUCAUCCUCCAUUGGAUAUUGUCUUGCCCUACACUGUCGACGUGUACGCCGCUGAGGAGGAGCACCAGCUCUUGCGGCUUGUGCGGCGGAUUGGACACAAGCAAGUGCGAUUUCAUUGCGAUUCUACUGACAGUAGACGGCGGUCUUUAAAUGUGCCAGAGAGAGCCACGCAGCCAGAAUCAGGGGUAAAUGUCAAUGGCAGUUUACUUGAGGUCAACGGUAGCUAUACCGGGCCCAAUAGUAUUCUUAUUAGGAAUACAAAUGCAAGCGAUGCUUCCGAACUGGAGAGACUGCCGAAUAACGCGAAACAGCGUGUGUUGUGCACAUCCGCUGAUGUAUUUGCGAAAUCUGAGCUGUCGUGCUAUAAUUGCCGAAAUAGAAUGGCUGAUUUCAAGGUUUUCGAGGUCCGGGUUAAUUACACAGUCUCGGUGGACCGUGUUAAAGACAUUGAAAUGCUGCACGGUUUACUGCUGGCCAAUUCUUUCACGUACAAAUUUACGUACAGCCGACUUCUGUAUCGUACCACCGAGAUUGUCAUCCGCGCUGUGAUGUUGGUGGUGACAUUCGCGAUGUUGGUCAUUUACAUCCAUCAGCUAAUUGCCAGUCCGCCCAGGUUCUUCGAAUCUCUCCCGGAACAACGCUAUGUGAUCAGUCUUUUGGUGGCCACGGUGAUGUACCAGAAUCCCUUGUCCAUCCCUAUCUUAGUAACUGGCAACUACACCUGUUUCUUGGUAGGGGAGAUGUUGACCGUUACUGCGAUUGCCAUCCUCAUGGCAACAUAUCUCUUCAUCUUCGACUGUAUACAUCUACUGAGGGACGACGACCGUAGUGUGGUGUUCUAUAUGCCGAAGCUAGUGUUCGCUUGUUCGUACUGGGUUACAGGAAUGUUAUUGCUGUAUCUGCGAAUAUUCAACUACGACCAGGAUGUGCAAGAAUUCGAUGUCGACUCCUUAGUGAUGGAGUUUGUAAUCGCCAUGGAGUAUUGCAAGAUCGUGAUGAAGGUUGUGUGGACUGUCUGGAUGUUUGCGAUCAUUGUCAACACACGUUCGUAUUUAGAACCCAUGCCUUAUCUGCGCACGAGGUUCCGUCAGCUGCCCUUCCGGUACUUCAUUCUUCAAGGUUGGUGUGUGAUGAUAUUUUUCAUCGUGAUCAUCAUCAGAGGUCUGAUUGCGAAGUCCUUGUUCGACGUUUCCAAAACGGCACCUUUGCUGGGCGUGGUAUUUAUCAUUACUGUCUACAAUAUUCUGCUGGCUCUAAUCUAUUUGCCGCCGAAGCGCUACCCUCUGCUGUGCUGUUGUAGGCGGAAGUCCGAGCGUGGCUGUUUCAAGAGGGGUCUGCGACGGCGCGACGCAUUGGUGGAGGAUUACGAAUUGCUACACGAAGGGUUGCGCUCGGAUAACAGUUCAACUGAUGAGCUCUCGCCGACGACCAGCAUCACAGACCUGUCCACCGAUUUCUUGCAGCGGGUUCCGUCGCUGUCGCAGGCCGUGCCUUCAUUUGAUGACUUUAUGACAUUUAUGAGCGGCUCAGAUAGAGAAUCACAGACCCAAUUGAGAGAAAAGCGGAAGCCGAAAGUGAGAUACUCGCCUCUUCUGGCCAGUUUUCUCCUGAAGUACUCGAUACAGGCGUACUACGACCCGCCCGAUCGAGACACUGCGUCUGGCUGGGGCAAGAUCAACUCUGAGCUGUCUGUGGUGGGCUUCAUCAGUGACAAUGCUGUGGAUUCGCACGUGCUUGUUGCGCGGCGCGACCGGUUCCUGGUGGUGGCGUUUCGGGGGACCAGCUCGAAAGUCAACUGGGAGAGCAAUCUCAAGUUUAAUCAGAUGCCAUUGCCCGUAGGCAUAAACCCUACAACAACUAUGUCGUCCUAUUUCGUGCCGAAAGUGCAUAGAGGGUUUUGGCUGGCUUACGCUGGUCUCAGAGAACGCUUGUUGGAUCUCCUCCGUAAUUAUCUCACAGACCCCAUCAAUUGUUAUGAGGUAAACACGGGAAGUGGCCGGAUGCAAAGUGAUCUGGAACUGCUCGUGACAGGCCAUUCGUUGGGAGGUGCGCUAGCGACAUUUGCGGCGUAUGAGCUGUCGCUACACUUACAGAUGUCUGUGCAACUGUACACAUUCGGCUCUCCACGCACAGGCAAUCAGUUCUGGGGCAUGUACUUCGAUGCGGCCGUGCCCAAUUCGUACCGUGUGGUGUAUGAUGGUGACAUUGUGACAGGAGUGCCCAUGAAGAUUCUUCUAUACCGACACGUGGGCACACAGGUGGUGGUAGAACGGCAUGGGAACACUAUUAUUUCCCCCACAUUCGUAGAGAGAGUGUUCAGGUCUCGAAGGAAACGAGGAAUCAAUGCGCAUAUGUGCGGCAGUUACGAGGCAGCUCUGACCUCAUGUGUGCGAGAGAUAAUCGGGUACUUGACCGAGAAGGAUUCAAUGGACGAUAUAUCAACACUGCGAACGAUGAGGUAUAGUGGAUCUUUCACGGAUGGUGAGCUGUGCAUGCUGGCUGGUUUGAGACGAACGCCUGUGACAGAAGACGACUUUGAGAUGGAACAUGCUGGUCUUUCGCCCAAUGCAUACCGAUCAGCACUGCACCGUACACGCGAAGAAGAGCGGCAUGAGUUGCAGGAAGUUGUACGGAAUGCCGAGGCCUCAUGGUCCGUGUACCGGAUAGUCACACAACGCAUCACGCGGUCUCUGAAUUUAAUCCGCAAUAUGUUCAGCGGUGAAAAUAUAAGUGACUAUGACCAGCUGUUGCCCAUGGACACAUGGGAUGAAGACAACGAUAACAUAGCCAAGCACACACCGAUCAAUCUCAAUGACCAGGAGAGGGACUACGACGACGUCGAGCUCGACAGCGACCGAGUCCAUCAUGAUUACCUGACUGCCACACGCACCUCAUCGGACAGCACGCGGUUUAGUGAACGCUCGUUGUCAGCGAAUAGUAACAGCGAAUACAAAAUGAACCACAUAUCCGUGUCGGUGCCGCACCAAUUAGAUAUAUACGAUGACAGGCUUGGGUACACCGGUAGCAGUAGCAGUAGACCGCCCAGUGCCAUUGGCCACGACCAACGGCACACGCAGAGCCGACCACAUGCCGUGCCCGAUAUGAGUUUAUUGGGAAGUCAACGACAUGCACGCCCGGCCUCCUCCUUAAAGAACCAGGCGCCAGAUACUGGAGGACGAAUUCCUGCUUGGAAGCGUUCAGAGAGUGAGGAAGGCUACUCAGAGCGCUCCGUAAAGCUCUUUUCAAGCACCUCUAUGGGACAUACGCCCACCUCAAAACGAGCAAGUGAAGCCUACUUGUCGCCGCAUUCAGGGUUUGCUGCUUCGAAUAGGUCAUUUGCGAACUCCUCGAACAGCUCGUUCGUUAACUCUGUCGUCUCCCGUCGAUGUGGAUCACAUAAAAUGUUACGAUGGCCAUGCAAUCCACUAGAGCUGAGCGAAAGUGAUAGCGAGCCAGAGGCUGAUGAGCACGAUUCCAUUUUAGAGUCAGAAAUACCACGCAGCUCAGAGUUCUCAACUAUGCCAAACGGCAGUCGAACCUUAAGCCAGGCUGGCACUGACUUCUUGCACAAUCUUGCGAAUUUCCGAAGUGACAGCAAAGAAGAACAAGAUUUGGAUGAUUCAGUCAACCCGGAGGCAAAACUUAUGGCCGGUGAUGAUUGGGACCUAGACAACUUCGAUAGCACGGGUGGAAUCGAAACACAAGCAAGCCAUAUUCGACCAGACAUCGACAUGGAUUUGUCUACAUUGAAUUGGAACGGUGAUGGGGAGACAAAGGACUCGCACGCAGGCGAUGCAAAUUCAUAG